UCGAUUUUUGCUUUACAUAUAAUUAUGUCGGAACAAACUUACAUGUACGCCUAUGUAACGCUGCCUCAUCAUGACCAGAGCGAAUGGUACUCACAGAAAUGUUACAGAGACGGAAGACGGGUGAUGUUGGCAAGCUACGACUUGAAGGGGCCAGGGAGAUUCAGUUUCAAAGAGAAGCUUAGGAAGUCGGCUAAAGGAAUGAACGAGGCGGCUGAGCAGUGGGUUUCAGAAGUACGGAGAGGUACGACCAAAAGACGUUUUGCGAUUAGAGUUAUAAGGACAAAACUUGGCUUCUAUUCUUUCUUCCUUCGUAGUGUCGGAUGUAUUACAUCUUGUUUAGGCCAUAGAGAUCAUUUCGUGAAGUAAUUAAACAAACCCUAAAGCAUUUAUCUACACAGGUAAGUACUUAAUUUCAUAUAUAUAUAUAUACACACACACAUAGGUGUGUGUUUUCAAAGGAGAGUUUCGUGUGAAUACUUCAAUAUUCAAUUUGGAAACAUUGGGAGUGAGUUAAGGUUUAGAUGGUCUUGCAACUUAUUGUAUGUAUGUAUAUAUGUAAUCAG